AUGGCAGAAACUCAAUUUUCAGAUUUCUCUAAAUCACUUGAACAAAACGUAACAUCGGAUGUAAGCAAUGAUGGCAAAAUAAAUUUCUCCACAAUAAAUUCGCUUUCAACUUUUAAUCCUUCUUCGUCUCCUUUCAAUACCAUCUCUACUACAACUUCAUCAAAUAAAACCCUUACAGAUGAACCAUCAUUAAUUUCCAAAGAUUUACUUGAUUCAGUAUUCAGUACAUUUAGUGAUAAUUCUAAACAUGAAAUUGAUUUAAGUUUGGACGUGAAUCGCAAGAAUGAACUAUUUAGCAGUAUCGAUUUAGAAAAGCUUGCCGGUGAAGUUAAUGUUGGAAUACCAAUAUCCUUUUCUUCAGUAUCUCUAAACCUUGACAUCGCUGAUUUUACAAAACCUCCAGUAACAUCAACAUCACCUCAAGAAAAAUAUAAUAAUCAAUUGAGGGAAGUGAGAAUAGUCAAUAAUGAAUCUAGACAAUCAAAAAUUUCUUGGAAAGAGAGAUCAGACUGUGGAUGUACGAUAAUGUGA